CUUCCGCGGACACCACGCGGAGACGACGAACCUUGCUGAGAAGCAAGUGGAGCGAUUGAAACCCUAACCCUAAGUCACCCUUCGAAAACCCCUCGGCGGUUCAUGGCGUCGUCGCGGGUGAUGGCGUCGUCCCCGUCCGCGAACUCCGAUCUCACGCGCCAGUCAUCCGCAUGCUCCCUCCCCAUCGCGGACCUCCAGAGCUCCGUCAGUGGCGGCGGUGGAAGGGGCCUCGGAAAGACCCUCGGAUCCAUGAGCAUGGAGGACCUCUUCCGCAACAUAUACGGCGGCGGCGGGGGCGGCGAGGGGGGAGACCCGAUGUCGCGGCAGGGGAGCUUCGUGCUACCCAAGGUCGUCGGGGAAAAGGCAGUGGAGGAGGUGUGGCGACAGAUGGGCGCUGACCGGAGGCCGGACGGCGGGGACGGAUCGGUGGCGGAGAUGACGCUGGAGGACUUCCUGGCGCGGGCGGGCGCGGUGGGGGAGGAGGACGUCGGCGUUGCGUCCGGUUGGAGCCCGGUGAUUUUGGGGCCGAGUCCCAUCAUGGUGGAUCGGUUAGUCCAACAGCAGCAGUUUGCCGCGGGGUUGGGGAAAGCGGAGGGUGCUGAAAGGGGCGGGAGAGGGAAAAAGAGGCCGAUGUUGGAUCCGGUGGAUAGAGCCACUUUACAGCGUCAGAAGAGGAUGAUCAAGAACAGGGAGUCUGCUGCUAGAUCGAGGGAGAGGAAACAGGCUUAUAUUGCUGAGCUUGAAUCUUUGGUUACACGAUUGGAGCAGGACAAGGCGCAGUUGUUGAGAUCUCUGGAGGAGCUGAAAAGAACGAGGUUUAAGCAGUAAACUUUUGACAGUCAUGACCAUUGUAUUAUCAUUUUGGUCUUCCUCACCUUGCCAGAUAAGAUUUUGUUACACCAAUAUUUUUCAUGAAUGUUACAUGGUUGUACCAUGUAUCAUUCUGAAUGUAUCCUUUUUACUUAAGUCAGAAAUGAAGGGAGUUAUGAGAGUGUAGGAAUUGUAAAUAUCCAAAACAAUUUUAUUGUACUAUACAUGUCAGGAUCUAUAUGUACAUGUAUCUUAUUACUAUUAGUUUGAUGCAUGAUAAAGUAUGUUAGUCCAUUCUUGUGAUGAACACAUGCAUCUGAAGUAAACAUGGUAGACAUAUGAAAUGUUUGUUAAUUAAUUUUACAAUGAAGAAUGUUAGUCCAUUUUUGUGAUGAACACAUGCCUACUAUUAGUAGGCAGUUUAUUGAAACUGCCUGUUUCCAUAAUUUGAAGUGCAUUCUGGAAUGAUAGUUAGAAUCAAUCAGUCACAGUUGGGUCAAUCAUUGAAAUGUUCUUUCAGAUGCCCCAUGGUCGGUUCUACUAAAUGCACACUAUUCCUUCUAAAUUUUAAAGCUUCUGCAGUAAUGUGAGACCUUAGUCUAGUUCCUGCUACUAUAGCCAAAUGAUUGUUCAGUUGGUCAAGAUAAUUAUGUUUGCUUCUGAUUAAUCAAAGGUCAUAUUGUGAAGAAACAUCACGAAAUUCUCAGAUGAUCAUGAUCUAAAGUGUUAAUUGGAUCUGAAGGUUAAUUUAAUGCAAUGACUGGGUCAAAAGAGUCAAAACUUAUCAAUAACAGAUUUAGAACUCUGCCAUGGAUUUAAUUUCAAACAAUUAUUUGUUUUUUCCUGCCUAAGUUAACAGUCUAAUCAACUAUUCUUCUCAAUCUUAAAUUGCUUAAGCUUAUGUGAAUGACCAGUUUUUGUCUUCAUGCACUGUAAUUGGUUUGUCUCUGAAGAAAACUCGUAUUUAAAUUUUCUUUCGGAGAUUCCAUAAAGAGAUAUCUUCAAAAGCAUUUCAUCCUAUUAUCUCACUGGAAGUAUUAUAUUCCAUUUUAUGGUUUAGAAAAAAUGUUUUUUUUAUAUCAUAAUAUAACUUUGAAUGAUGUAUUUGAUAUUCUAUUUGGUAUAAUGGAUGAGUUAAGGAUUUUAAAUUUUUAUCAUCUUUUCAUAUGAACUCUUAUGAUUUAUUCAAACAAUGGGUUUGUAUGCUGAUUUUAGCCGAAAUCUAUUAUAUAUUCUUAGAUUAUAAUAAUGAAUGAAUGUGCAGUUGAAUAGAGGUAGAUAAUAGUCAGGAAUCUGCUAUCUUGGUAAAAGAGUAAUAGAUCCUCAAUUAUAGUAGUGAAGAAGAGAAAGCAUUGAUAAUGCACAGGUGUGAUAGAGGAAAAAGAGAAAAAAAGGUGCUUUGGAUUCUGCAAGGCAAAAAUUAAAAUAUAUUCAUAAAAUUAAUGCUCUCUAUCUCAAAGUUACCUCCCAAAAACUUUCUCUAUAAUAUUCCCUUUUUUGGUAAUUUUUAACCCAUAAAAACUUAUUUAUGAGACAUUUGAAACUUCCUAAUUCUAAAUCCUAGUUAAUGACUUUCCUAUUUGUUAAUCACCUAAGAAAAUCACCAUCCAAAAUGGGUUGUAGCCAACUUGAAAGCUACCUACAUUAAGUAAAACCUACAUCGAUUGGUCAUUAGUCACUUCCACCACAUGGAUUAGCCUUGAGAUCUUCUCAAAAUUAGUUAUGCAUUUGACUUA